AUGUUAAUUUAUUUUAAAAUGUCAAGAUCACAGUGGUGUAACUUAAUAUUUUUGAAUAUUUUCUCUUUCCAGUUUCCCUUUCUCAGAGAAGGAUCACAAAUGGAAGCGACCUAACUACUGAUAAAGGAUUUGUGGUGUACAUUAUGAAAACUUUGGAAUCUAGGUUAAGUCUUGAUAAUGAAUGGCUUUGUGGCGGUGCUAUAGUCUCGCCCGAAUAUAUAAUAUCAUCAGCCGCCUGUAUGAAAGACGUCGGACGUACCUAUGCAGUGCCAGGAUAUAAAACAUAUGUUAAAUUAGAAGGUCUAUACACUGAUGAAUGUACGAAAAUCAGUAAAAGACGUUUAGUUUCCUUCAGUUUUCCUAAACAAUACAAAUUGGAUUUCGAUGACGUAACGAAGUGGUCAUACGUGGACAUAGCCUUAGCUAAAGUUAAGACACCAUUUGAUCUGGACAAAGUUGAGGCACAAUGUUCGUAUAAAGCAUCUGUUAUACCUGUUAACUAUGUAGCCAGGUUUCAAAAACCUGGUAGUGAUGUCAUCGCUUAUGGAUGGGGACAUGAAUAUGCUUGGCGAAUGGAAGGCGACUAUGACACGUUGUAUAAUUCAAAAACAUUGAAAUACACUAGCACUAGAAUUUUAGAUAAAAGUACUUGUAAAAGGUCCUAUGAAACAUAUCCUAAACUUGCAAAAACUAUUGAUGAAUACAUGAUCUGUACUGCAGAUGAAGGUUUUCUAGAUGACCAGGGCAACGUGAAAGUAAAAGAGAGUCCCUUUUUGACUGGAUGCAGUAAGGAAAAAGGAGGUCCAACUUUUCUCGACUAUGAAGAAUCAUAUCAAGAAGUGGUAAUUGAUUCUACGAGAAAAAAGUUGUCAGAAGAUUCAUUUAAUGGUACAGUCAGAAAUAAAACUGUUACUAAACUUAGACGGAGACGUAUCCCUCGUCGGCGCAAUCGAAGACAAUAUGGAAUUUGUCAGAAUGAUCAUGGAGGGCCUUUGACGACUUGGGUUGGAAACAGGGAGAUCCUAGUGGGUAUUGCUACAAUGUUCAGAGUUAACAGAUCAUCAUGGAAUGCGUGCAUUGGACCUCAUUUGUUUACAAGUACACUUUGCAACGGUGAAUUUAUUGAUUGUAUUUUGUCUAAUAAAACUACAAGACGUCCUGUCUGCGAUGCUCCAGCAAUAAUGAGAGGUUACCAUGUCAUUGAAAAUUACGUAUACUGGAAAACAGACCGAGAAAGUGAUGAUGAAAAUGAUACAGACACGGUUAUUGAACAAUUUGUCGAUGGAGUUAAAACACCAUACAAACCUCAGGAACCAACGUUGUUACCUAUACUUGAACUGUAUGAUGAAAAUAGAUCGGAUACCCUACCUGCUAUUUAA